UUUUUUUUGAAUUUCCUCACAUUAUAAAUAAUAUAUAAAUAAGUUUUGUGUCAUUUUUUUGACUGAUCAAAAUCAUAUCAUCAUCAAUUCACAACAACAUUUAACUCACAUUGAACAUUGAAUAAUUCGCAGAAAAUAAAAAAAAAUGAAUACAUACUCGCUUCUAGUUUUAAUUUGCACCAUUAUUACUAUUCAUUUACAAACUACUACUACAUUUGGUCGUCAUACAGAAUUAGUAGAUGAUACUGAUUUAUGGCAAAAAUAUUCUAAUGAUUAUGAUUAUUAUGACAAUAAUAAUAAUAAUUAUCCAAUGAAUUAUGCAAAACAAUUAUCAGCUUAUCAACAUCAGAAUAAACGUGGUCUUCGCAAUAUGCGUAUGGGUAAAAGAUCACUAAUGUAUGCACAUCAUAAGAACAAUGUAGACGGAUUAUUAGAUCAACGCACCUAUUGAUUAAGAUGAUGAUUAUGAAGCGUGAUUAUGAUUAUGAUUAUGGUUAUUAUAACCGACAGACAGAUAGAUAGAUAAAUAGAUAUACUGUACUGUAUUGUAUUGUAUUGUAUUGUUCUGUUUCUUUCUAUAAAGUUGGAAUAAAAAUUUUCUGUGUUCUUGUCUUGUUUUCUGUUUUUUCCUUCUGUUUUUCAUUUGUCUUUUAUCGUUUCUUUCUACAUAAAAUUAUGAACAUUUUCAUCAUUGGACUUGUGUGUUUGGUAUGAUAUAUCCUCCAUUCACAACAUACCCACCAAUCAGUUCAAUUAUCACAUCUAUUAUACAUGUUUGAUUUACAAAUAAACACAGAGUUAGUUAUAAGAUGAUGAUGUUAUGUGCAAUCAUCGAUAAUCGAAAAAAAACAAAAAAAAUUAAAUUGCGCGCGUUUUUUGUCAAUUUAUUUAUCAAAAAAAGAGAUGUGUUUAAACAA